AUGGAGUUGGAGUGCACUCUGUUCGUUCGCAAGCACGAAGAGGGUACAAUGAAAAAAGAAAUGCUGAUCAAUGUUCUCCAACCAGAGGAGAGCCGCAUCGCCAUCGUUGAAGAUGGUGUGUUAGAAGAACUGUACGUUGACCGUACCAGCAUCGAGAACUACGCAGGCAAUAUCUACAAGGGAAAAGUCGUCAACAUCGAACCAAGCAUCCAGGCGGUGUUUGUUGACUUUGGUGUCGGACGCAAUGGGUUUCUCCACGUCAGCGAUGUUGAGUUCCAAUAUUACAAGCACUUGUUAAGUGAAAGAGAACGCAACGACGCAGAGAAUAAUCGCAACUCCAAACUCAACGAACGCUCUGCCCGCAACAAGCCGCCCAUUCAGGAUAUCUUCCAACGGGGCAGCGAAGUUCUUGUUCAGGUCAUCAAAGAAGGGAUCGGGAACAAAGGUCCGACUCUCUCUACUUACAUCAGUAUCCCAGGACGUUACCUGGUACUGAUGCCAGGCCUGAACCGGUUAGGGGUCAGUCGAAAGAUCCCUGACGAAGAUGUCCGCCGCAACCUUCGCAAGACAUUGAGAAAUCUCGAUCCACCAGAAGGCCUGGGAUUCAUCAUUCGAACAGCUGGUGUUGAUCGGACUGAGAAAGACCUGCAACGUGAUAUGAAUUAUCUGUUGCGGUUGUGGAAAACCAUCGUCCGUCGUGUGGAAAAACAACCCGCCCCCAUCGACAUCUACGAAGAGAAUGACAUUGUCAUCCGCACGAUUCGAGAUAUCUACAACGCCGAUAUCGACUGCAUCUGGAUCGAUGAAGAGGAUUCCUACAAGAAGGCACGGGAGUUCAUGAAAGUCGUCAUGCCGAAGCAUGUCGAUUCGGUCAAACUCUUUGACGGCAAAGAACCUCUCUUCCACACUUACAAAAUCGAAGACGAGAUCGACCGUAUUCAAAGUCGGCACGUUCCAUUGCCUGGAGGUGCUUCGCUCGUCAUCGAUCAAACAGAAGCUCUCGUUGCCAUUGACGUGAACAGCGGAAGCUAUCGGGCGGACAAUGACCCAGAGAAGAGCGCGUAUUUAGUCAAUAUGCGAGCUGCUGAAGAAAUCGCCCGCCAGAUUCGCUUGCGAGAUCUGGGUGGAGUGAUCGUGAAUGACUUUAUUGACAUGCGUGAAGAACGACAUCGCCGCGGAGUCGAACGGAAACUCCGUGAAUGCGUUGAAAGAGACCGUGCCAGAACCAAAGUCCUCCGUAUCAGUCAGUUCGGCCUGAUUGAAAUGACCCGGCAACGAAUUCGACCUUCUUUACGUCGCAAUAUUUACGAAGACUGCCCUUGUUGCAAUGGAACCGGUCAGGUCAAAACAGCUGAGAGUAUGGCAAUCGAAGUCAUGCGGGCGUUGAUGACUGCCUCAGCACAUGCUGAUGUCGAAGAAGUCAAAGUUGAAUUGCAUCAGCAAGUCGCUGAUUAUCUGAUCAACAAAAAGCGUCGUGAGAUGACUGACCUCGAAGAGGAGUACGGAGGAAUCGGACGUGGUGCAGUACUUGAACUGGCGCGUGGCGGAGCGGAUGUCGCCAUUAACUAUCGGUCCAAUCUGGCUGAAGCGGAGAGUAUUGCAGAGGAGAUUCGCUCUCUUGGAUCUCAGGCACUCCUUGUUCAGGGGGACGUUUCCGAUGAGUCUUCCGUCAAUGGCAUUGUCCAGACAAUCAUUGAUGAAUGGGGUGAGAUAAAUGGUCUGGUCUCCAACGCUGCCUUCAGCGAGCGAGAAUUAAUGAUCGAUGCCGACAUGGAUGGCUUCCGCAAAACGAUUGACGUCAGCAUGUGGGGUGCGUUCUAUGCUGUCCGCACCGUUGCCAAACGUCUUGUCGAACAAGGUCAUGGAGGGGCCAUUACUGUUGUCAGUUCUCCGCAUGCAAAAAUUCCGAUCCCAACGGCCAUGGCAUACAACAUGGCCAAAGCUGCCAUCGAUCACAUGGCGAAAACCGCUGCCAUUGAAUUGGCGAAACAUCGUAUUCGAGUCAAUCUGGUGCACCCCGGCUGGAUUGACACACCUGGUGAGAGAAAAUUCUUCACCGAAGAGCAACUUCAAGCAGGAGCUGCAAAUAUCCCCUGGAAACGCUUAGGACAACCAGAAGAAAUUGGUCGCCUCAUUCGUUUCAUGAUGAGUAGCGACUGUGAUUACAUGACCGGGAGCACUGUUCUUAUGGAUGGAGGAAUUAGUCUUCCCUGGUGGUCAAAUCGUGAAGAAGGAAAGCAGUAG